AGCUCCAUCUUGGAUGUGCACUGGACUGCAUUACAAACAGACGAUACCAUCGCUUCAACAGCAGCCUUCAGACAAGAGAUUCAAAAGAACCAAUACAAGAAGUAUAAUCCCUAAGAAUGGCCUCUCUGAGCUCCAGCCUCUGGAAUGAAACCACUACAUCUGUUUAUCAGUACCUUGGUUUUCAAGUUCAAAAAAUUUACCCUUUUCAUGAUAACUGGAACACUGCCUGCUUUGUCAUUCUGCUUUUAUUCAUAUUUACAGUGGUAUCUUUAGUGGUGUUGGCUUUUCUUUAUGAAGUGCUUGACUGUUGCUGCUGUGUAAAAAACAAGACUGUGAAAGACUUAAAAAGUGAACCAAACCCUCUUAGAAGUAUGAUGGACAACAUCAGAAAACGUGAAAUUGAAGUCGUCUAGCACUCUACCUAAGAUGAACAAAAUCUCUGAAAAUAGCCUUCAACUACUGAAGAAAAAAGGAAAAUUUUCUGAGGCCAACUGUUAUUAUAAAACUGACUCUUGAGGGGUACCUGAUGGCUCAGUCAGCUAAGGGUCUGACUUCAGCUCAGGUCAUGAUCUCACGGUUCGUGAGUUUGAGCCCUGCGUUGGGCUCUGCGCUGACAGCACAGCUUUGGAUUCUGUGUCUCCCCUUCUCUCUGUCCCUCCCCCCGCUCACACUCUUUCUCUCUCUCACAAAAAUAAAUAAACAUUAAAAAAAAUUGUUUAACUGACUCCGAUUCUGAAUUAAAAGAUUUCUAAUAGAAGGGAAAAACAAGUU